AUGUCGUUGUCCGACGGAGCUAAGGAGAUUGUUCAACGUCAUUGUGAUGGGCAGCCCGGCCUGGUUGAGAAGGUCACUGCAGAGCUUGAGAAGGAGAACGUGCUACAAGUAAUGAUGUUGUCUAACCUGACCGAUGCGCAAGUGGAAACUCUGGUUACCGGCAUAGCCACGGACGAGUUGAAAGAUAAGAAGAUAAUGGUCGGUUGUGCAUUGAGAUCGUGCGUGAAGGAUGCUGGUUUCCAAGUUGACUUAUUCGCUGCAGGCCAAAAAGCUCUCCCUCUAGCUCGCAAUGAGAAGGACUGGGCUGCCCAAAUGCGUAGACGAGCCGAGCUUCUGAAGUCAAUGGUGGGCAUCGACCACAUUGCGAGUGAACUCAUGCCACCGGUGCUGAUAUGGAAGCGUCUGACGGAUAAUCCCUCGGUUUUCAUCGACUUCAAGGACCUUGUGGAAAGCAAGGCCAAGAAGGACACGACAAAGCUAGGUCGUUCCGAUCCUGUGAAGCUCGACUUUAUCCUUAACGAUGUGCCGCAGUCUUUGACUCUUCCGAGAGAGGAGAAGGGCGUCAUCGGUGGGGCUCUGUGGUCUCAAUGUUACAGUCGGUUCUGUCUUGGCGUCAUGCUCGCCACUGUUACAGAGGACAAAGUCAAGGAGAAACGACUCGAUAUAGAUUGGUUUACCCUUCAGGCUUACGGAUUCCGGAUUGCCCAGGCGGCAUCCACCUACGGUUGGGAAACAGCGUUGGACAUCGACGAGGCCUUUCGCCGGUUUGUGGAGACCGCCUACUCCGAAGCUCAUGUCCGCCUGGUUGACUGUUACAACAAUAGUAACAAGUUCGCACAGCUAAAAGUUGAUGCUCAGCUCAAGUCGGUUCGUCCAGGACAACCACGAGCUAUCUCAUCGUCCAGUUCAUCGACGACGAGGAGCAACAUGAAGAGCGAGAAGAAGACCGAUAGGAGAAAGCGCAAGCGUGGUAUUUGCUACGGAUUCCUCGAAGGCCGCUGCGAGUAUGGUGACGCCUGCCAGUUCUCUCACGAGAAGCGUAGAAGAGAAGGCGAAUCGAGGUCGUCGACGAAGGACCGAGUCAAGAAGUGA